UGAUAAAGUUUAAAUAAACUUGGUAUGAAUACAGUAACACUGAAACAAUCUGAUACGAUAGAGUGCUGUAUUGACUUCAGUGGGAAUGGAAGAUAAUUGGCAUCAUAAAGGACCAGUUCCUAAAAUAUGUGGUGCCUGUCACUGUUGACUGUAGACUUAUUUGCUGUUUGUGAAUUAUUCUUUGGAGAUGGCCAAAGUUUGUGCCAUUUUUGGAGGAUCCCGAGGAAUUGGAAAAGCUGUUGCACAACUGCUGGCAUGGAAAGGAUACCGCUUGGCUAUUAUUGCUAGAAAUCUGGAAGUAGCUCAAACUACUGUGACUCACCUUGGUGGUCAUAUGGCACUUAGCUGUGAUGUAGCCAUGGAACAAGAUGUCCAAAAUACACUUGAGGAGGUGGAGAAGAAUUUAGGUCAUGUUAAUUACUUGGUUAAUGCUGCUGGAGUCAACAGGGAUGGCUUGUUGCUGAGAACCACAUCUGAGGAUAUGGUAUCCCAAAUUAACACUAACCUUCUGGGAACGAUGUUGACAUGCAAAGCUGCUGUAAGGCAUAUGCUUCAACAGCAGGGAGGUGCUAUUGUUAACAUAGGAAGUAUUGUUGGACUCAAGGGCAAUUCUGGUCAGAGUGUGUACAGUGCCAGCAAAGCAGGGUUAGUUGGAUUUUCACGCUCUCUUGCUAAAGAAGUAGCAAGAAAGAAAAUUCGAGUCAACGUGGUUGCUCCAGGCUUUGUUCACACAGAGAUGACUGCACAUUUGAAAGAAGAUCAGUUGAAGAAAACCAUUCCUCUUGGAAGAUUUGGAGAGCCUGAUGAAGUUGCACAAGCUGUUGUCUUUCUUCUGGAGUCUCCCUAUAUUACAGGGCAUAUUCUAGUUGUAGAUGGAGGCUUGCAGCUUCUCAUUUAAAUUCCACAACAGUACUUAUAAAAUGACUUGAAUGGAGGGAAAAAUAAACUUGGCUGAUGAAUAUUCUGAGGUGUGUAAUCAAGAUGAUGCUUUCAUGAGUUAGCACUUUUUAAUCAAAACAGUAAAAUAAUCAUGUAUAAGUUAAAUAGUAAACUCUAGAAUGUAAGGUUGUAAUGUAAUAGGUACAUUGGUCAGUUAACUAAAGCCUGCAUAUAUGAUGCCAAAUGAGGAAAUGCGUGGUGGAUUCAUUGUAGAACUUUUUUUCAUAACUUCUAUGAAGAGGUGGAGAAAUGGUAAUGAUACUAAAUCACACAUUGAAAUUAAGUACAUUUUUUCUGAAUGCCAUUCACAUUUUAUGAUUUGGGAUAGAAUGGGAGCAUCACUCUGAAGGUUCCUAUAGCACAACAAGUCUUAUAACAUUUGUAAGCCUGUUCACUGGUCAGUGGUGGUGGUUGCUUAGUUGACCAAAUAUUUCAAAUGUUUCUUUUCAGAAGAAAUGGCAUCAUGUGUAAUGAAAAGGUAAACUCCUCACUAGGAGGAAGGUCCUCACCUUUUGUUUUUAUUCUCCUACCAAAUAUUUCCUAAUCAAUACAUUUGUUUAGUGCUAUCUAAUACAUGUAAAUGGUUUCUUUUAUUUCUUGUUUGCAGCUGAGGCAAUGGAGCUGGAAGUUUCAUAGCUCUCCAGCAUAACUGAACUGCCUUCAGGGGAUUGAAAUAGUGUGCAGUGAAAAGUAUUAAUCUUGUGUAAAACAAAAGUUUCUGAGUCCUGUUCUAAAAUAUGUAUUCAACUACCAUUGAAAUCGGUAGCAGUUGUGAGUGCAUGUUGAGGUCAUUGCUUGGCCCUUGGAGUGUGAGAUGCCACUUCUGUACAAUGAUUCUAUGACAGUAUUGUAAAUCUGAACUGAAAUUAGCAGUAUAGCUGUGACCCUUUCCACAUUUUCCACAGGGACUUCAUUUACAAGCCAGAAUUUCUGUCAGAAAAGUGUGUAAAUGGUACUAUGUCCUCUCAGUGACUGAAAAAAAUAGUUUGAUAUUUAAAAAACAAAUAUUUCCAAAAUAUGAAGCCAAAGCAUGUUGAUCCAUAGCUGCCUUUUUACCAGUCUGGCAGAAGAAUCAGUAAACUGGCUGCUAUCUAUACCUUGUCCUUAGUAUCUUGCAAGAAAAUUGGGUUAUGUGACAUGUGGUGACUGUCAGCCCAACUCCCAUUUUCUUCCAGUGACUAAAAAUUACUUGUUUUGAGUGAGCCCUACAGCCCUAAUUAUUAUCAUUUGUUUCAGGAAAGUAUGGGACCUUUUUCCAAUUGGUUGGUUUAUUAGCAAUAGGGUGAUGUUUUUUGUUACUUUUGUGAACAAAGUUUCAGGUUACAUUUUUCCUAUUAGUGGAUAUAGUGGUGCUCUUACAUAUGUCAGAAUGUCUAGUUAUACAUCGUUUUAGGAAAUGUGACUAAUAAUAGUUUUAUUGCCUAUUCCAGUCAGUUCUUAAUUUCCCCUUCAUUUUCCAAAUUAACACUCUUGCAUGUCUCAGUCCUCAAAGAUAGAUUCCUUCUGCAUCUCCUUACUGUGUGUCCUCCAGUGACAGAGGGUCUAGUGUGCUAUUUAUACUCUCUGGUUCUUUGUUAGGAUAGGGUUGUCACUGAAGCCCUAUGUAAUCCAUAGUUGGCUCUUGGGGGUGUGUGUUCAACAUGAGACUCAGUGAGACAGGCUAUGUUGUAUAGAUCCCUUUUUCCUUAACUACAAGCUCACCCUGAUUCUUGUAGUCACAGAGUUUAUCCAGUCUUUACUCUUACCUCCUUACCUGACUCAUAAAAACAGGUAGCUGCAGUGCUCUGGACUUUUCGUAGCUUUUGGAAGCAUAGUGCCAUUCAUAUUCCAUCAACAAGAUCUUCAGGUAGGAAUCAUGCACUGUACUUUUCAGACUAGCAUGUACUCUUCUGCCAGGAACUGCAGCAGGAGAGCAGUGGACAGGCUUGCUUCCACACUGAGGAAAAAAUACACAGGAAAUGUGUUAAGCAGCUGAUAGAUAAAUUAUUCAAUACAAUAAACUAUAUUCAAUGAAGGGACUUCUUUUUUGCCACUUGAGGGCAGUAUAACCAAAGGUAUAAUCAUAUGGGAAAUUGAAUGGUUAAGAUUAAGACAUUUGUAUAAUUCCAGGAAGGUAGAGAUGACUGCUUUGAUUAAAAAGUUGAUACCUAUAAUAUUUCCACCAGUAUUCUCAACUCCAUGUAGACUGUGUUCUCUUGGGAUUUAUGCUGGGAUUUUGAAAGAGAUUGAAGGAAGCUAGGCAUCCAAUUCCCAUUCAAAUUCAAUGGGAAUUCAAUACCUAAGUCCCAUAGGUUCUUGAAACUCCCAGCCUUCAAGCUCAUCUCCAUGGUAUUAUUAUUGUCCAUUGUUAAUAGUGUUUCUAUAACUCAAACUAAAAUUGCUUUUGUUCUAUCUUUGCAUA